CAGACGAAGACGAGGAUGACGAAGAAGACGAGGACUUCGAAGACGAUGACGAGUGGGACGACUAGUGAAAAUGUCUUUCUUCAACUGUGGUCACGCCGCACCUACCGCUGACACUAAAAUAUCUUCCAGCAUCUGACUAAAAUUGUAAUGUAAAUGUUGUAUGAAUUGGCUGUAUAUUUAUUUUUGCCUUUCUGCUUUUUGUUUUUUAUGACUAUUAUCAUUAAUCUGUGCAAUACCUCAUCCGUUAAAUCUGUAGCGUUCGUCACACACCCUCAUCGUUAAAGACUCUACACUUUCGCCAGGACAUCCUGUCAUUAGAAAGCACUUAACACCGCCAUCAGCACAAUGUGGAGACGCAGCCGGCUUCAUGUCAGUAUCAGUAAUCAAUAAUAUAAAACACUAGCUGCUCCACUGAGAAGAAUCGGAAUUGGAGUUUUCAUGUGCUCCUUUGGAAAUAUUUUUCUGUGUUCAUUUGUUCGCGUUUUCAUUCCUUGUUGAAGAAACUGAAAAGGGAGACGUACGUGCGACCAAACAGGCAGGAUCCUCUUUGUGUUAGACAGUGGUCGGUUUAAAUGCGAGAUAACACUAUUUUCUUACCGUGCUUCUUUUCGUACCUCCGAGUUUCCUAAUAAACAAUAGUUUAGUCGUGUUAUUUUUUUCAGAAAUCCUUUGACCAAAUUGCGGCGGCUCGGUCUUCUCAUGGAUUUCCAACUUUAAUUUUUUAUGACAUUAAAGCCGUUUAUUUGCACACAGUUUAUAUGAUAGUUCAGUUUUGUGUUUUUCAGAUGUGAGUUUUGUCAAAUAAUUUUUUAUUUUAUUUCAAGCAGGUUACAGUGACGAUGGAGAGUUUUAGAAGCUAAAGGUUUUGAAAUAUCUUGACCUUUAAAUGGGACUACAAACAUGACUGACGAUGUUUCAGUUUGUGACUUCAUUUGGCUUAAUGCAAAAACACGUCUACUCACACAACACUGUGGCAUUUGUGAAAUGAUGGAAGUUUUGUUCUUAAUGUCUGGUUGGUUGUUUUUGUUGUGGCAUCAUUCUGUUAUUUCCUGCUGGAGGAAACAUCAGCAGCGCUCUGGUCAGUAUUUCACACAUAUAACAUCACGCAAAGAAACUAAAAGAUUAAAAAUUCAUUCAUCCUCUUCCGUCCUUCAGUUAACAAACUAUAAUUUUAUGCAAUGCGACUGUAAAUGUCUCCUUACGGAGAAUUAUAAAAAAAGCAAAUAAUGAACCAAAUGUGGCAUUUGCAAGCAGCUUGUGGGUUUUGCGAUGCCUGUAAUCCUCCGUCUGUAAACGGUGUAAAGAAAUAACCAACGCUCGUUUUAACUGUUCGUCUUAGAGUUUUUACCGUCCUCCAGCGAGGCUUAAUGCUGCAUUGAGAAGCCGAGAUACUGACAGAGAACCUGUGAAAAGGGGUUGGGGGGUGGCAGGGUUGGGAGCAAUGAGAAUACUAAAUUGUAUACUUAAAUAAAUGUUAAUAUUUACAGA